AUGUAUACCAUAGCUACCCUGGCAUGUGCUCUCGGCCUUGCCGUCUCCGUGCAAGCUUCGCCUCUGGUCGGUCGAGAGUCUGGCGAUGUCGCCAACGACUGGGACAGACCUGGUUGCGCCGAAGCUCGCCGUCAUCUUUGCUCGCGCCAAGGAGCGCUCUGCGCCCACAAGAACCUCGACGCGCUCGUCAACGAGCACGCGCGCGGCCAGCUCAUCGCCCUCGUCACCUUUGGCGACCCCGUCUCCGUCUGGUCCGACACCCUCCGCUUCCCCCGCGCUGCCGGCCAACGCGGAGCCGCUCUCGACUGGCCGCGCAGCCCCAGGGCCUUUGUCGACAAGCUGGAGGCGGUCUGGCGCGAGUACAGCGAUGCCGACCUUGAUGGUGCCCAAAAGGCUGCGAUGGGCGAUUUGGUGGUGCAGCUGACGGGCCAGGCGAAGAGCAGGAUUUGGAAGCUAGGCAAAGAUAUCCUGGCGGGCCAUAUCUGUCGCUGGAUGCUCAUGCCGCAGCACUUUGUGUGCGGGCUUGGGCAGCAUGCCAUGACGGCGCGGGCUACGGAGGACGUUGCUCGAAUUUUUCAACAGUCAAAGUAA